AGAGGCCUGUCCUGGCCUCCUUCAGCCACCAACUUCCUCCUGGCUGGUGUCGCAGCCGGAGCUCUGACAAGCCAGCCAGCAGCCCCACCACAGCAGAGCCCUCCGGAGAGCGCGGGAGCCAGCGCCCUGCCCCAGAAAGGACAAUGAUGGCCAAGAACGUCUGGGAACCAGUGGGCCUGGCCCUAGCCCUUCUCCUCCUGGCGCCGGAGACCACCGUGACAGGCAGUGCUUCCCACAACUGCUAUGGGACCCCUGGGCUGCCUGGCAUGCCUGGCAUGCCUGGCAAGGAUGGCAGAGAUGGGCUGAAAGGAGUCAAAGGCGAACCAGGCAUUCCGGCCAUUCCUGGAACCCGAGGGCCCAAGGGGGAGAAAGGAGACCCCGGCAGCCCCGGCCUGCCAGGAAAAACUGGUCCCAUGGGUCCCCCUGGCACCCGGGGAGAGCCAGGCGAGCACGGCCAGCCUGGGGGCCCCGGCCUGCCAGGCAAUUACAAGCAGAAGCACCAGUCGGCCUUCUCAGUAGUGAGGCAGACCGGGCAGUACCCGGACAAGAACGCCCCUGUGGUGUUCAACCGUGCCAUCACCAACCUCAGCGAGGACUACAACACCACCUCGGGCAAGUUCACCUGCCGCGUGCCCGGCCUCUACUACUUCGUCUUCCACACCUCCCAGACCGCCAACCUCUGCGUCAACAUGUACAAGAACCGGCAGAAGGUGGCCAGCUUCUGCGACCACAUGUCCAACACUAAGCAGGUCAGCUCCGGGGGCCUCCUGCUGCGCAUGGACGCCGGGCACCAGCUCUGGCUGGCAGUCAACGACUACAACGGCAUGGUGGGCAUCGCUGGCUCCGACAGCGUCUUUUCCGGCUUCCUGCUCUUCCCAGAUUAGGCAGGCCAGGCCAGCCCUGGCCUGCGCCGGCUGAUCCCAGCCUCUCUCUGCCCUCUCGCCCUGCAUCGCAGCGCCUCCCAGUGGGGCACAAGGGAAUGGCACCCCUGGGGCGCUCUGCACAGGCCCUCUGCUUGCAUCAGCUUGCUUAGGGCUGGGGCAGGGCCUGUUGGCUGCAGUCCUGCCCCUGUCAGGCCCCGGUAGCCUCCCAGACGCCAACCAAAAGCUAACCAGGGCCGAGCGGUUUUUCACAUGUGUUUUUGAGACAGAGUCACCAAGUGUAAGGGAAGGGGGUUGUCUGUCCCUGCCUGGCCAUUGUCCCCGCUGUCCCAGCCACUCUGUGCUCCCUACACAGUACAGGGUCUAGCUGCUGCAUGCACUAACCCCUGCUGCUUCACGCUGCUCACACCCAGAGGGCCAAAGCCAGCCCUGGGGUCUCCCCACUGCCCCCAGCGAGUCGCGCCAGGGACGGGCUCGUCCCAGAAAAUCUGGAAAGGGAACUUGGCCAUGAGCUUGUCGAAAAUGUCAAUAAAUCCUCACUCUGUGGCA